AGACACCCACAGCCUCAUUCUCUCAACAGUGAAGAAGGGUGCGAUUUGAAAAAAAAACCUCUGCUGCUUGCCAUCACUCGGUCGACUCCCCUGUUGUCAUCUGCAACAACAGCACAGACUUUGGAUCCCUUACGUCGUCGCAAUGUGUAAAGGACUUGCAACACUUCCUGCAACAUGCCUGAAAAGUGCAAAAGACAUCAAGCACAAAAUCAGCUUCUUACUGCAGAAGCCUGAAGCCCAAGAGGCAGAUCAGAGGCAACAGAAGCAGCAGAAAGAGAAGACAUCAUCUGCUGCAAACAGGGUGCCGUCUGCAACCGAGGUGAAGAAAUGGAAGGAGUCCUUCAGCCACGUCAUGAGCAGUAAAAAGGGCCGGGCGGUCUUCGCCAGCUUCCUGCGGUCAGAGUUCAGUGAGGAGAACAUGCAUUUCUGGCUGGCCUGCGAGGACUACAAGAAGACAGCACCUCCCCAACUGGUGACGAAAGCCAAGCAGAUCUACCGGCAGUAUGUCGAGACGGACGCGCCUCAGGAGGUGAACUUAGACGCGGCGACCAGAGAAGAGACGAGGCAGAACAUGGAGAACGCGUGCCCGUCCUGUUUCGACGAGGCUCAGAGGGUGAUCUACGUCUUGAUGGAGAAAGACUCCUACAGGCGCUUCCUGAAGUCCAAGCGGAUCGAGGGCCCGUUUCAGACGCAGGCCACCGUGGAGAGGAAGGAGAUGAAACUGUGCAAUUUUGCAGAGGACAGGCAGGUGUCGGCCGGCGGCGCAUAAGAGUGCAAGGCGAGAAAGGGUUUGAUCCUUCUCUUGUUGAGGUGUAGAAAGAGCAGUGGUAUAGACAGGGGGGGCUUUAAGGCCCACAUGAGCUGACUUUUGUUUAUUUUUUUGAUACUUCUUCUUGCCCGACAGAUUUCCAUUGUCAUUGUCAUCGGAAAAAAAAUGGGGUUUCUGGGGCCGACGUUCACACGUUCAUUGUCCGGCCAUCAGCUAUCCUGUAUUUUUUUUUUUUUUCACACUCGCGACGGUUGACGUCGGCGUCUGAAUAAAUAUUUAAUAUUUGAAUGUGCACAUUAUACGGAUGUUUCAAUGUUUUCAUUGUGAAGUGUAACCGCUGCCUCUGCUUUUACCGCAAAAGCGAACACGCUGCUCUCCGCGCUCGCGUCGGCGUUGUGUCGACGUGACGGGACACGAUCUAAAAAGCUACCUCCGCCCGACAGGAAACACCUUCAGGCGACGCCGCCGGUGUCAUUUCUUAUUUGAAUAACGGCGACGGGCUCCACCUGUGUGUGUGUGUGUUCAUCGACUUCCUCAUCAGUGUUAAAAUGUUGUUGUUAUGUAAUUCAAAGAUUUGCAAGGAUAUAGUUAUACAUUUAAAAAAAAAAAAUAAAAAAAAUAAAAAAAAUAAAGAGAAUAUCAUGAAACCAGAACAGCUGAUGUGGACAUGUUUAUUUAUUAUGAUUUCAUUAUGUACUCAGUAUGGUGCAGAACUGAAGCAUGCUUUAAUAUUGAUGUAUUCAUCAUGUUCUGCAGGUUGUGUAACGAUUGUGACUAGUUUAAUGGAUUUUUUGAUCCAGAUCAUACUAAUGCAUUUAAAUGGUUAGUUCUGUGAUUUGUGCAAAAUCUAUAUUUACUCGGUGGCUUUACGUGUUUUGUUGGGAUGUGCACUGAUGACAGUAAACAAAAGUGACGAUGUCUCUGAAGCAAAUCAUUGUCGUUUUAUCUAUUGUAUGUGCGAUUAUUACACGAAUAAAAUCACGUUUGUGUUCAUCGGA